AUGGAAUGGUCAGAUAAUUUAAGUAUACCUACAAGUGCACUUUAUUUAAAUUUAUCAUCACAAAUUCAAUAUGUGGUUACUAAAAGUGUACAAUUAGCGAAUGUUCAAAUUUCAUUCUCGUUCAAAAUUCUGAACGUCACGUUCGAAAAAGUCAUAGUUCAAAUUGAAACUGUCUACAGAGUUAAUAAUACUGAAAAUUACGAAUAUCGAUUAAUCAACAGUAUCUUCAUGAAAAUGACGGUGGAAAUGAGAUCAUUGGAAGCUUCACUAUUAACCGAUAUGGAAUUAAAGCAGAUUUUCAUUGAAGGAUUGGGAAAGUUGAAUGUUACGAGUGGACCAAAUUUGGUUGACAUUGAGUUCACUCAAACCUCUAGUUCAACAACACUGACUACACAAAGAUCUACUUCAUCUGAAUAUAAAGAACUAACCACACAAUCUAAAAUAACUUUGCCUGUUUCAACAAUUCCAGUAGUUCAUAAUCGAACUGAUGAUCAAUUUACACGAAUACACUCUACAACUACUUCAAAACCACAAAUUGAUUAUCCAAUCCUAUGUCAAAUCAGUGGAUUAAUUUAUUUUUCAAAAUCAUUUCAACCAAUAGAAUGGUUAGAUGAUUUAAUUGAUAAUUCAAGUGAAAUUUAUCAGAAUUUUUCAUUAGAUAUACAAAAUCAAAUCAACAAUGUAAUGGAAAUAUUAGAUUUACAAUUUGCUUUAUCUCUCAAGAUUCUUAACAUUAAAUUCACUAAAAUUCCUAUAACAAUGCAAAGUAUGCAUGAUAAUAAUAAUAAUAAUAAUAGUAGUAAUAAUAAUAAUACCACUAAUCUUCGAAAUUCCACCGUAACCUAUAAUAUUAGUAGUCAGAUCUCAGUGACAAUUACAUUAGAAACGAAAUUACUACUACCAUUACCAAUUCCAGACAAUAGGAUGACAGAGAUUUUGAAUGAAGGAUGGAAGCACUUAACAAUCAUAUCACAAUUCAUUUUAAUUGAUAUACAAUUUUCAAGUAUAUCAACUGAUCUUAAAACCACUCAAACAUUACCAAUAAUGACUAUUACAGAAAAGAUGAAAAUCAAUCAAACAACUACGUUACCUAUGAUAAAACCAACAACUGAUACUACAUUAAACAAUUUAGAAGGUAGAUUAUGA